AUGAGUCAAAAUGGAUAUCUUUCAACGGCUUCUUACAUUAAAUCAGAGAUCACCACUAUCUCAACAAAAUCUGAAGAUCCAUUAACUAAUUUUGUUGGAAAAACCAUUUAUAGUACAGGAAUAGAAAUUAUAUGGGAUGUAGUAGAAUCAAAAAUUAAGAUUACAAAUCACCAUUUUAUUAAUGAAUCUAAAAAAAUGGAAGAAAAAAGAAUAAAUUAUGAUAAUUAUUGUACUAAAGUUAUACUAUCAAAAGGAAAUGAGGUUAAAAUUUCAACUGAUUUAUUCAGUAGUAACUCUUUUUAUAUUCAACGUCUAGUUAAAGAAAAUAAAUCAAAAAUGUUAAUUGUUAAGUCAGCAUCUUUUGAUCCAAUUGCAUUACAAAAAGUUCUUUUUUAUAUGACUUAUGGAAUACUUGAGUUUUCUCUUGAUGAAAUGGGUCAAAUAAUGAGAGUUGCUGUUUCUUAUGAAAUGCCUAAUGUUAUGAGUACAAUUGAAUUAUCAUUAACUUCUUUUGGAAGUUUCCCACCACAUAUUCUUGCUAAGAUUCUUAGUAUUGCUUGUCAUGAAGACUAUCUUAUUACAAUAAAAACAAAAAAAAUAAUAUUAAAAAUUGUUAAUGAAAAUUUAUGUAAAUUUUUACAAUCAAAAGAAUUUUUUAAUCUUAGCCCAAGUGCUUUAGUUAAACUUUUAAGCUUUGAUGAUUUAGGGGUAAUCGAUGAGGUUGAAGUUUUUAGAAUUUCUAUGUAUUAUUUAAUUGUUGGAAAUAAUCAAUUGUAUGCUGAUCCAAUAUUAAAUUGUGUAAGAUUUAGAAAUAUGGAUAAUAUUGAAGUUAAGGCAGUUUAUGAUAUUUCUGAAGCAUAUGGAGAUUUAUAUACAAAAAAAAUUCUUGGUUAUUAUAUUGAAAAUUACCUUCUUUAUCAAACAAAUAAUGUUGAAGGAAAAGUAAGAAAUAUGAAUAUACUAUGUAAAAGAAAUAAAGGUAAUGGAAAUAUAAGUAUUAUAAUGAAAGUACUAGAAAAGAAAUACUUUACACUAGUGAAACAUGAUUCCUAA